AAAAAAAAUAAAUAAAUAAAAAUUUAAUGCCACAGUUGAAAAAAAAAAAAAAAAGCUUAAACAGCCGUCGAUCUUCAAAUGUUUGCAAUGUGUAAAUCCACUCGACCGUGUCUUGACUGAGAUUUGUGUUAAAUGAACGUUCACUUUAUUGUCAAAAGUAAACUCUGACAUACAAAGUUUACAUAUUACAAUCACACGAUGUUUUACCAUAAGUUCAGGACAAUAAAUCAAUUUAUGACCAACUGAAUUGGACUUGUUGUCUAAAAAGGGACAACGGCGAACUACGGACCACACACAAGCUGGGAGAGACGGGGAAGAGAUGAGCCGCCAUUGCGGAGGUAGUUUCGGUCCGUCUCUCCAUCAGAGUCAAACUGCAAAUAAAGUCAGGAUACCGACACUUCUAAUGUAAAGCGAGAUUGAGUGCGAUAUAACAAAACGAGAACUCUUUGUGAGAUGACCAAGCAAUGGAUUCACAGCAUCUUCAAACACAUCCCUGGUCUCCAUUUGGAUGACGUACCAUCCUUACCAUGAACACCAGCAACAAUGAAACCUUUCUGGGGAAUGUCACAGAUGUGGAAGACAGCAGGAUUUGGGUGGUGGAGUCUGUUGUCAUCUUAGCCAUUGCCCUGUUUGUUUGUUUGGGCAACCUGCUCGUUGUGUUGACCCUUUAUCGGAAGCCCUACCUCCUAACGCCAAGCAAUAAGUUUGUCUUCAGCCUGACGCUGUCCAACCUCCUGCUGUCUGUACUGGUGUUGCCAUUUGUGGUUGCCAGCUCUCUUAAUGGAGAAUGGCUGUUUGGUGUUGUGUGGUGCAACUUCACAGCACUGUUAUAUCUGCUCAUCAGCUCUGCCAGCAUGCUCACUUUGGGAGCCAUUGCCAUCGACAGGUACUAUGCAGUGCUGUUCCCUAUGGUGUACCCUAUCAAGAUCACAGGAAAUCGGGCAGCGGUGGCCAUCGUCUAUCUGUGGCUGCAUUCUCUGGUGGGCUGCAUUCCUCCUCUAUUCGGCUGGUCCAUGUUUGAGUUUGACCGCUUCAAGAAGACAUGCACGGUAGCAUGGUAUAGUGAGGUUGGCUUCACUGCAUUCUGGGUCAUAUGGUGCUGCCUGAUUCCUCUCUUUGCCAUGCUGGUGUGCUAUGGCCUCAUCUUCCGUGUUGCACGGCACAAGGCUCGUAAGGUGCAUUGUGGGACAAUUGUAGUAACUCAAAUGCCCUCGCCAUCUAAUAGAAAUGGACGAAAAAACUCCACCACCUCUCUUUCUUCCAUGGGAAGUCGUAAAGGUAUGAUCUACGCUGGCAGUCAGUGUAAAGCCCUGGUCACCAUUUUGGUGGUGGUUGGCACCUUCUUGAUCACAUGGGGGCCAUAUGUGGCCAUGAUUUGCACAGAGGCAGUAUGGGGGAAAGGAAGUGUGUCACCAGGACUGGAGACGUUGGUGACUUGGCUGUCGUUUGUCAGUGCUGCCUGUCAUCCUCUCAUAUAUGGGCUGUGGAAUAAAACUGUAAGGAAAGAGUUGCUUGGCAUGUGCUGCGGUAACCGCCACUACAGAGAAUCUUUCGUCAGUCGCCACAGGAAGUCCCGUCUCUUUAGCAUCUCGGACCGAAUUACAGAUCUUGGUAUGUCUCCACACCUGACGGCCAUGUUGGCAGGUGGUGGGCAGCUUUUAGGUGCUGGAAGCAGCACAGGAGAUACUGGCUUCAGCUUUUCCCAGGACUCAGGUAGUACAGAUAUCAUGUUGCUGGAAAACUGUUCUGAGGGUGCUGAAAGCUCACACUACAGCACGUUAAUCAACAAACGCAAGAGCUCAGUCAUGUUUGAGGACGAGGUUGAUCAGCAGUCUAAAGGUGAAGAUCAGUCCAGGCACCUGGUGAAGGUGGAGAUACAUCAGAUGAUUGACAGCUUUGCAUCCAGUAUGGCGAAAGCCAUUGAGAGUGAUGCCAAACUUUUGCUGUUUGGAGCAGAGUCUCUGACUGACAGUAUUUCAUCAUGUCGACCCGCACAGAGGGGCUCACAAUUCCCAGACGGUCAGAGGGUUCGACUGGAGAGUAUUGAUGAGGGAAUUGUGAAUGAUGAAAAGGGUGAAGAUGAGGAUGAUGAAAUAGAGGAAAUAUGUGCGUAGAGCUGAUAGGGGCAAGUUGUCACACUAUGUGGGGUAAGUUGUUAAAAAGGGAACCUGCCAUUAAAUAGAUUAUUAUGGACUUUUUAGGUCACAGGAACAAUUAUAUUUUUUUGUUGUUUUGAGUGAAGUAUUGCUUAAAUAUGCAUAGGUUUUUCUGUGUUCGCCUGCUUUUCAAAUAUUGUGCAUUGCUUCAUAUUUUCCAUGUCAUCUUGUGGCCAGUAGUACAUGCUUAUAAACAUUCUAGAAUCAUGUUUAGACCUGCCAACAGUGCAUGUAUGAACCGCUAUUUAGAACAGGGUUAUUCAAAGUUUUGUGUAAAAAGCUAAACAUUUUCAUUUCCACUAUCACCAGAACUGGUGAUGGUGAUGAUCCUUAACAGUUUUAGGCCUCCAGUUUUUGUUGUUUUCUAGCACUGCCUGAGCUUAUAAUCUUCAGGAACUACAAUGACAACAUUAUUUUUUCUAUUCUGGUAGGGUCGUGGGACACACAUUCUUUUUUUUUUUUUUCAAUUUGUGCCUAAAGCUGUUCAUAAUAUUUAUACUACCAUGGCUUAUUUUUUAAAUUCUCCAGACCUGAAGGUGGAAAUUAUUUUAUGGAUGUACUGUCUGUAUGUUCUUUUGGAAUAUAGCUGUCUUUUUAUUACAUUAUUUCAAGAUGUAAACAUUUUGUAACAUUGAAUGACUCAUUAGCAGUCUUUUUGAAAACAUUUAAAUUAAAAAUUUCUUAUUGUCUUUUAUACCUUUCUGAUAAUAAACAGCACUUGUUGCUUAUGUAUUUUUAAGUCUGUAUUGCACAGUGCUUGGUAAUGUAAAAGUGUGUUGUCUGCUGAACAUCUGUAAGUAUUUCAGCCAGCUUUGGUGCAGCAUCAGAGAAGACUGUGCAAAUAUGUGCAAAAAUAACUUAAAACAAAAGAAUACUGUUUCUGAGAAGAAAAAAAAUCUGUUACACUUUACAAUAAGGUUCCAUUUGUUAAAAUUAGUUAACAACAUUAGUUAAAAAGAACUAACAAUGAACAUUACUUUUACAGUAUUUAUUCAUCUUAGUUAAUGUUGUAGCACUUUAUUUUACAGUAUUGUUCUACAUUUAUGUACUAUAUAAUUACAACAACUACAGUAAUUACUAGGUAGCACUAACCCUAAACUAACCCUAAACCUAACCCCAACUCUAACCUUAACCCAUAUUAAGUACAUGUAGUUACCUAAUAUUACUCAGUACUUUCUUGGCUAAGUACACUGCAAGUAUACUGAAAGUACACAUACUGUGCAACCAUUAAUGUUAAUUUCAACAUAUACUAAUACAUUUCUAAAAUUAAAAGUUGUACUUGUUAACAUUAGUUAAUGCACUAUGAAAUAAUAUGAAAUAACAAUGGACAAUUGUAUUUUUUAACUAACAUAAUAAAUGCUGUAAAA